AUGACCACCAUCCUCAGCAAGCUCAGCCGAUUCGCACCGAAACCAACAAACACCAAGAACUUCCCACAGGGCUUCAAAGUCAUCGGAGUACACUGCGGGAUCAAGAAGAAGGAGAAACUAGACUUGGGACUACUACUCUCGGAGAGGGAAGAGACGAGCGGAGCAGGAUGUUUUACGAGGAACCGAUUCAAAGCAGCACCCGUAAAAUACUCGAUCAAUAAGCUACUAGAAACUCAAGGACACAAGAUUGCUGGGGUAGUGAUCAACAGCGGAUGUGCGAAUGCAGUCACCGGAACGAGAGGGGAUUCGGAUGCAGCAGAAAUCGCCAGGCUGGUCGACGAACAUCUCCACAAGAAUGGUUCAGCAUCAUCGCUGGUACUCUCGACCGGGGUGAUUGGACAACUACUACCGACCGAACGAAUCCAUGCUGGAGUGAUCGAGGGAUUGAAGCGACUAGGGGAUAACUACGAGUCAUGGCAUGCCCUAGCAGAAGCCUUCAUGACCACCGACACCUUCCCGAAGCUACUCACCCACUCAUUCCAACUCGAUGGGCAAGAGAUCAGGUUCGCUGGGAUCGAUAAGGGCGCCGGGAUGAUCACCCUUCGAUGGGCCCACCUCAUGCUACCCUACUCGGCCUUAUCGCCACCGACGCCGCCGUCCGACCGGACACGCUCCAACGAGCACUCACCAAGGCAGUCGAUCGCCGACCAAAAGAGACUCGAGAUCUUCGAACACGAACUGGCUAGCUUCGCUCUCCGUCUCGCCAAGCUCGUCGUUAGGGAUGGCGAAGGGGCCACCAAAUUCGUCCAAGUACUCGUCCGUGGAGCCCAGAACGAAGCAGACGCAACCACCAUCGCAACCACCAUCGCCACCUCCUCGCUUGUCAAAUGUGCACUGAAUGGGGAGGAUGCUAAUUGGGGCAGAAUCCUCUGCGCCCUCGGAUAUAGUCCUAUCAGCCAUCCCAUCGACACACAAAAGGUAUCGGUCUCCAUCCGAACUGCCGACGAUCUUCAGCAGAUCUUGUUGUUAUCUAAUGGCGAACCCGUGCCGGAUAUCGACGAGCUCAAAGCUAAGGAGAUCCUUAAGAAUGAAGACCUGAUCAUCGAUCUCGAUCUCGGCCAUCCUAUUGAUCAUCAAGCUAGCUUCUAUACCUGCGACCUCUCCAAGGAAUACGUCGCUAUUAAUGCCGACUAUAGAUCUUGA